AUGUUGAUAAAUAGUGCACAUCGGGUUCUUUCCAAUGACGUACGAUCACGUAUAUCUACAAGUUUAACUAAAAGUAUUGAUGCAAAUGAAAAUAUUAAUCGUCCAAAAACAACAGUACAAUUUAUAAAUCACAAUGGAAUUGAUACAUUUAGACGAGAGAUAAUCAAUAAAGAAGCUGAAUCACGACGACUUUGGGCAGAAAAAUUUAAUCCUUGGCUAUCGGAAGAGUAUCAAAAAAUGUAUGAAAACAUGGCUCGUAAUCGUAAUGUUUUCGUUGAGCCCCAAGUUAUUUCUUUGCAUCGACCAGAAUGGAAACAGGAGGGAAACGUCUUGCCUCCACUAGAAAAACGUCGUCCAGGCGAACGACGUCGAAGAAAAGCGGGUGCAUUUCCAGAAACAGAAAACGAUAAAAUUGGUUGGCGUUGUUUACCUCACCAAUCGAUUGAAAUAUAUGGUUCAAAUAGAGCGAAAAAUAUUGCACCAUUACCAAAGCAAUAUAAAUUCUCUAGUUGGCCUGUCGAAAGUUUUUAUUGA